UUUCUUUGUAUUUCAUAUUUGUGGCAAUCCCGCUGUCAAAAAUUUAGGCGCGAAUGGAUUCACAUUGAGAAUGAGCAGAUCUGCAUGAGGUUGAAGUUUUUUCCCAGUAUACUGUUUGCUUUCCUUGUCUACACUACACUUCCCGUUUAAAUUAUCAUGAAGAAACCAUUGAAAAAGGAUGUCUACAGCCUUGGUAGGCACAAAGUUAUUGAGUGUGACAAAACUGGAAAUGUUCAGGAAGUGAGACUUGUUGUUUCCCCUAUUGACAAAACCCAGAAAUGUAAGAAGAUUUGCAUUCUAAGAGACUUCUGGCUAAACACUUUUGUCAAAGUGGGUGAUGUAGUUCACAUCCAUGCUGAUUGGUAUGAAUCCUUUGAUGAAAAUUUUGAAAGCUAUGAGCUAGCCAUAAUUGACUGUAGAAGUGGUCUAAUUGUUGUUAAACCAGAUCUGCUUGUAUCAGGAACCUCAGUGGUUUCCUCCCUCUUUUGUCAGCGCAAAGCAGUGCUUUCUGAGAGAUUCCGUGGUAUUGAACCCACCAACCAGGUUAUGUUGAAUGGAACUCUGGUUCACCGCCUUUUACAAAAAGCUUUGAUAGGAAAAUUCUACGACACUCCGUCACUGAAUAAAAUCGCCGACGCGUUACUCAGUGAUCCCUCAACUAUUCAUGAUCUCUAUGGAGCUAAUAUACUGAAAUGUGAACUGAAAGAAAGUAUUUCCGGUUACAUCCCAAUGGUCAAGACUUUCAUUGAUAAAUACGUUGUCGCUAAAAAUCCAUACCUUCCACAUGAAACUGAUAAGAAAAAGAUAGCAAGCAAAAAUGGAAAGUAUGGCAAUCCUCCGACAUUCUGGGAUGGCCACAUUGAUACCGUCUGUGAUGUAGAAGAAAAUAUGUGGUCACCAUGGCUCGGCAUAAAAGGGAAGGUUGAUUUCACUGUGAAGGUGAAUGACAAAAGGCUGGGCAAAGUCAAGAUGCCUUUAGAAUUGAAGACGGGACGUUCUUCUUUUUCAGCGGAGCAUAAAGGACAAGUUACUUUGUAUUCUAUGAUGAUGAAUCAGCAGAAUGGAGAGAGAAAAGUCACCGAUGGUAGUCCAGGUGGCUUACUACUCUAUCUCAAAGAUGGCGCCAUUCAGCAUGUACCUGCUGGCCACAACGAGAAACAAGGUCUUGUCCAGCUGAGGAACGAAAUGGUUAAGUAUUUGACCUCCCCUACCACAACUUCGGAAAAAGGAGAAAUCUCCGAGGGCCCACUUCCCACCCGCAUUGAUCGAGUGAACCAGUGCAACUCUUGUCCGUUACGAGUUGAAUGCACCAUUUAUCAGAUUGCUGAAGACAGCGCUAACGAAACAACACCGUCAAUGCCUUUACCGCUAGAGUCGGUUGAGCAUUUAACGUCUGCACAUCAAAACUAUUUUUUACACUGGUCAAAGAUGCUACGGCUUGAAUUUGAGGAAUCUCAGGCUCGAUCUCGCUCUAUAAGCGAUAUUUGGUGCAUUGAUCCGCUUGACAGAGAAGCUCAAGGAUACUGUAUCAGUUUUUUACAGGUCGAAAAUUGCCUAGCGUCCCAAAAUCCCACGUCUGAAUUAAACCAAUAUUCAAUCAAACUUGUUCCAGCUAAUCGCAUUCAUCUGCCUACGCGCAUCUCCUUGCAACGAGGUGACAGUGUAGUACUCAGCACAGAUAAAGAGGUAGCUGUAGCUACUGGCUGUCUGGUUGAUAUCAGUACUAGUUCUGUUACCGUUUCGACAGACAGGAAUGUACACAAUUGGGAUCGUAAUUUCGAGGUACUUCAUUUGGACAAAAUGGAAUAUCAAGGCGGGCAAACUCUUUUAUAUGCUAACCUCAGCAGGUUGAUGGCGAAUAAUGCAAAUGCGGCCAAACUCAGAGAGUUGGUCAUUGACUUAAAGCUUCCUGUAUUUAAAGCGGGAUUGCCAAAAUCGUUGCUUGAAGUGUUGUGGCCGGUUUUAAGGCCUUUGAAUGCAUUUCAGAGGAGAGCUGUUCUAAAAGCUCUAACUUGCGAAGACUAUUGCCUUAUAAAUGGUCUGCCAGGCACUGGUAAGACGUCUCUAAUUGUGGCGCUAAUACGACUGGCUGUCCGUCUUGGCCAAUCCGUUCUCCUGACCAGCUAUACCCACUCAGCCGUAGACAACGUCCUGCUCAAACUCUGCCAAUUUAAUGACGUUGAAUUUCUUCGCAUCGGGCGCGAGCAUCGCACCCACUCUUCCAUAUUGCCCUACAGUGCAGAAACCAAAACCAAAAACUGCCAUACCGUCGAAGAAUUAGAAACUGUUUAUAGCGUACCUGUGAUAGCAGCCACUUGCCUUAGCGUCGGACAUCCGGCGCUUAUUCGCCGCAAAUUUGACUUGUGCAUCGUCGACGAAGCAGCGCAAGCCCUACAGUUGGCUGUUCUCGGACCCCUAACCGCUGCCAAAAAAUUCGUGCUUGUCGGAGAUCCCCUUCAACUUCCACCAGUCGUCCAAAGCAGAACUGCCAAAUACUUGGGCGCAACUGAAGGCAAAAGUUAUUGUGCUACAGUUCUUUGCGCUCGGCUGAAUCUUCGGUUUGUUCUUCACGCCUAUCUUGUUUCAACCUUGAAUCUUCUUACUCAUAGGCAUUUCGCUUUACUGUCAGGUUCCGGAAUUGGAGGUCAUUGGGCAUGGAUGAAUCGCUGUUCGUGCGGACUAAGUCGGGUGACGCCCAAAGCCUCUGAAACUCUAAAGCUGCAGUACAGGAUGUGCGGCCCAGUCAACGCUUUAGCCAAUAAAUUGACAUACGGAGGCGAGCUGGAGUGUGGAAGUGAAGUCAUCGAGCAGGCGACGCUCCAAUUGCCUUCCCUUACUUCCAUCGAACAGGAAUAUGCUGAUCGACCAUGGCUCCUCUCGGUCAUCAAACCUGGAUUACGUCAUGCUGUUGUCUUCCUUGACACGAGCUUGUUGGGUGCCAUCAAAGCCAAUCAUUCGGAAAUCGACAGUGACGAGAGCAACAAAUCGCCAAUCAACCAUUUGGAAGCCAAAUUGGCUCUACUUAUUGUUAAGGCGUUACGCGGCAGCGGUUUACCUUACGACCAAAUGGGCAUUAUUGCACCUUACCAGUCACAGGUGCAACAUUUGAAGCAGGCGGCCGUCGAAAUGCCUGAAGUGGAGAUCAAUACUGUUGAUCAGUAUCAAGGUCGUGAUAAAGAAGCCAUUAUUUACAGCUGUACAAAAAGUGAACGAGAUGGCGAAUCAACGGUCGCGGAAGGCACUCAAACCAUUCUGCAUGAUAUUAGACGUUUGACAGUAGCCCUUACGCGAGCCAAGCACAAACUGAUUGUCAUUGGUGACAGCCAAACCCUUCAGAGUUUUCCGCCUUUUGCAAAACUUCUAGCCUCGCUGGAAGCGUCACAGCGCUAUCAGCUGUGUCCCGGAAGGGAUCAAAUUUGAGUGCCUUAGCAUGAUCUCUUAGAUUCUUAUAUCUGUCUUGCCCGAACUUGUGAAACUAAUUGACCAUUUCUUUUUAGAAUUAUCAGUUUUCAUUUUAACGGUCUUCCAUAUGGCCGCCAAUUUUCGUGCUCAAAUGUUUUCAUUUUGGAAUUUUUUAGAAUUGGAAUUUUUUAGAGAAUCCUCAUCUCUUUAGCUUUAGUUGCCAAAUUUGUUGCCAUUUUCAAACUUUAAAUCAGGAUAUUGCAUACGUACCAUACGUGUCAGUAAUUCCGUGGGGGGAAUAAAUUCACACGAAAUUGAAAUCGGUUUGUUUAUAAAACGAUUUUGUAUUUGUGUUCAUGCAAGGUCA